UCCAUCCCCUCAGCCAGCAGUAUUUAUGCCUCACAAGCCAGCAAACCCUAGCUCUGCAAUCCUUGAGGGACCAGGGAAGAUCAGGCAUGUUCAGCACGAUGGCUCAGCCUGUCUCCAGGCUAGUUCAUCUUGGACCAUCUGUGCACAGAGCUUGGCUCACCUGUUCCUUUGGGAUAGCUGAUCGCAGCCAGGCGCUGGUCAGCCUGCCUGUGAGGAGGGGCUCCAGCCAGACCCACAAGCUUCAAGACAUCCCUGGGGAUACAAGUUCUUCAGACAAAGUGUUGUUACAGUUUAUUAAUCGUGAUGGAGAGAAACUGCCAGCUACAGCUAAGGAAGGAGAAAGCUUGCUGGAAGUGGUGAUGAAUCAAAACCUUAACAUCGAUGGUUUUGGGGCGUGUGAAGGCACACUGGCUUGCUCCACUUGUCAUCUCAUCUUUGAGGAGGAUGCUUUCAAAAAACUGGAUGUCAUCAGCGAUGAGGAACUGGAUAUGCUGGACCUGGCAUUUGGACUCACUGACACGUCUCGUCUCGGUUGCCAGGUAUGCAUUAAGAAGUGGAUGGAUGGCAUGUCAGUCCAGGUCCCCACGGAAGCCUCUGACAUCAGGAGAGAACUGGAAGCGGAGAAGAAACGCAAACAAUAACUGGGAUUUGCUUCUGCUGAGUGCUCUUCCUGGGAUGCAAAUAUUGCUGUAUUCAUAUUUCUUUCUUUUUUUAAAAAAUAGUGGUUUUUGUUGUGAAUUACUGAGGUGCAUUCUGAUUUUUUUUAAAAAAAACAAGCAAACAAACAAAAACAGCCCUGCAUCCUGAAGUUUGAUAUUUGGGAUGAAAUAUUUGUGAUCUGUGAAGCCCACCUCUGAAACUGAAGUACCACGUUUGUCUCUAAAAUAGGAAUCAUUUCCUACCCUUUAAUAUAAGUGACUGUGAAAUGGGGCUUGUCUUGACGAAGGAUUUGCUCCUGGGUGGAUCCACAGUGGCCGCAAUGGGCCCCGUUCCUCUCCCCCUCCCAUUUCUUUAUUUACAGAUAAAAAAAAUUAAAAGGGGGAGAGAGGAAUGGGGAAGUC